GUUUGACAGGGACUGAGGGGGGCGUCCCCCCUGGAUGGUAGACUGUUUUUUAAGGGGGAGGCCAGGGGGAGCAGGGCUGGAUUAUCAGAGUGAUUAAAUGCCCUCACUUAGAUUCUGUACGUUCUGAUGGGAUAGUGAACCUCGCAGCAUGGGCAACGCGGCCAUGUGUAAGGUGUGCGGCUCGGACAAGGGCCUGAGGACGGGGAGCCGGUCCCACCUGGACCAGGACGCUCUCCCAGACUACUACUGUGAGGACCACUGCCCUGUGCAGACCCCUCUGUCGGACAGUCACACCAGUUUCCUGCGAGCGGCGAGAGCAGGAAACAUUGACAAAGUUUUGGAGUUUCUGAAAGGUGGAGUGGACAUCGGCACCAGCAAUCAGAAUGGUCUCAAUGCACUGCACCUGGCAGCCAAGGAGGGCCAUGUGGACCUGGUCCAGGAGCUGCUGGAGAGAGGGGCAGCCGUGGACUCUGCCACAAAGAAAGGAAACACAGCACUGCACAUCUCCUCUCUAGCUGGGCAGGUUGACGUAGUGAAGAUCCUGGUCAAACGAGAAGCUGACAUCAAUUCACAGUCUCAGAAUGGAUUCACUCCUCUGUACAUGGCCGCCCAGGAGAACCACAUGGAAGUGGUGCGAUACCUGCUGGAGAAUGGAGGCAACCAGAGCACCGCUACCGAGGAUGGCUUCACCCCCCUGGCCAUCGCCCUGCAGCAGGGCCACAACCAGGUGGUCUCUGUCCUGCUGGAGAAUGACACUAAAGGCAAGGUGCGCCUGCCUGCUCUGCACAUCGCGGCCCGAAAGGACGACACCAAGUCGGCCGCGCUGCUGCUCCAGAACGACCACAACGCCGACGUCCAGUCCAAGAUGAUGGUCAAUAGGACUACUGAGAGUGGAUUCACCCCCCUGCAUAUCGCUGCCCACUAUGGCAACGUGAAUGUGGCCACACUGCUUCUGAACCGAGGGGCAGCCGUGGACUUCACGGCAAGGAAUGGGAUUAUUCCUCUACAUGUGGCAUCCAAGCGGGGCAACACUAACAUGGUGGGCCUGCUACUGGACCGCGGCUCUCAGAUUGAUUCUAAAACAAGGGACGGUCUGACCCCCCUUCACUGUGCGGCCCGGAGUGGACAUGAGAUAGCUGUGGAGCUGCUGCUGGAGAAAGGAGCCCCCAUGCUGGCCCGGACCAAGAACGGGCUGUCUCCUCUUCACAUGGCGGCACAAGGCGACCAUGUGGAAUGUGUCAAACACCUUCUGCAGCACAAGGCUCCGGUUGAUGAUGUCACGUUGGACUACCUGACAGCGCUGCAUGUGGCCGCUCACUGCGGUCACUACAAAGUCACCAAGCUGCUGCUGGACAAGAGGGCCAACCCCAACGCCAGGGCCCUGAACGGCUUCACUCCGCUGCACAUAGCCUGUAAGAAGAACCGAGUGAAGGUGAUGGAACUGCUGGUCAAAUAUGGAGCCUCUAUUCAGGCCAUUACAGAGUCUGGUUUGACUCCGAUCCACGUGGCAGCCUUCAUGGGUCACCUGAACAUCGUCCUGCUGCUGCUGCAGAACGGAGCCUCGCCCGACGUCAGCAACAUUCGAGGGGAAACAGCGUUACACAUGGCAGCCAGGGCGGGUCAGGUGGAGGUGGUCCGGUGUCUGCUGAGGAACGGAGCUAUGGUGGACGCCAGGGCACGGGAGGACCAGACUCCGCUCCACAUUGCCUCUCGUUUGGGGAAAACAGAGAUUGUUCAGCUGCUGCUGCAACACAUGGCUCAUCCUGAUGCUGCCACAACCAACGGCUACACCCCCCUCCACAUCUCCUCCAGGGAGGGGCAGGUGGAGACAGCCUCUGUGCUGCUGGAGGCUGGAGCUUCACACUCACUGGCCACCAAGAAAGGGUUCACUCCCCUGCACGUGGCCUCCAAGUACGGAAGCCUAGAUGUGGCCAAACUUCUGCUGCAGCGCUGCGCUCCGCCCGAUUCUGCUGGGAAGAACGGCCUCACUCCGCUCCAUGUCGCAGCACAUUACGAUAACCAGACGGUGGCGCUCCUGCUAUUGGACAAAGGAGCGUCCCCUCACACCAUGGCCAAGAACGGAUACACUCCUCUCCACAUCGCCGCUAAGAAGAACCAGAUGGAGAUCGCCACGGUGCUGCUGCAGUACGGAGCGGACACCAACAUCCUGACCAAGCAGGGGGUCACCCCGCUGCACCUGGCCUCUCAGGAGGGCCACGCCCACAUGGCUGCCCUGCUCAUCAGCAAGGGGGGGCAGGGCAACGUGCAGACUAAGAGCGGCCUGACGGCCCUCCAUCUGGCCGCCCAGGAGGACAGAGUGUCUGUUGCAGAGACCCUGGCCAGAAACGGAGCCAACCUCGACCAGCAGACCAAAUUGGGAUAUACCCCGCUAAUUGUAGCAUGUCACUAUGGUAACGCAAAGAUGGUCAACUUCCUGCUUCAGAAUGGAGCCAGUGUCAACGCCAAGACCAAGAAUGGAUACACUCCUCUCCACCAGGCGGCCCAGCAGGGGAACACACACAUCAUCAAUGUGCUGCUGCAAGGUGGAGCCAAGCCCAACGCCAUCACUGUCAAUGGUAACACUGCUCUGGGGAUCGCUCGGAGGCUGGGCUACAUCUCUGUGGUGGAUACGCUGAGGGUCGUCACCGAGGAGAUCAUCACCACCACAACGACGGUGACGGAGAAACACAAGCUGAACGUUCCGGAGACCAUGACUGAAGUGCUGGAUGUGUCCGAUGAAGAGGGUGAUGACACGAUGACAGGUGACGGGGGGGAGUACCUGAGGGCGGAGGACCUCAGGGAGCUGGGAGACGACUCCCUGCCAGGACAGUACCUGGAUGGGAUGAACUACCUCCGCUUCAGCCUGGAGGGGGGGCGCACUGACAGUCGAAUGCAAAGUUGUGACAGGUCCUUCACACCCACACACCACAGCUACUACUCCCCUAAACAUGAGAGCAUGAUGGACGAGAUGCUGACCUGUCACCAGGUUUCGACACUAGCUAGGACGAAUGAGAGCGACUCGUAUCGUCUGAGUUGGGGCACAGAGAACCUGGACAACGUGGCUCUGUCGUCCAGCCCCGUCCACUCUGGCCGUUCCUCCCCGUGCCAUGAACAUGGAGACCACUGCAGCUUCCUGGUCAGCUUCAUGGUGGACGCUAGGGGCGGAGCCAUGCGCGGUUGCCGGCACAACGGCCUCCGCAUCAUCAUCCCGCCCAGGAAGUGCAGCGCGCCCACACGGGUGACCUGUCGGCUGGUCAAGAGGCACCGCCUGGCCACCAUGCCCCCCAUGGUGGAGGGCGACGGCCUGGCCAGCAGGAUCAUCGAGGUGGGGCCCUCUGGAGCCCAGUUCCUCGGUAAACUGCACCUCCCAAAUGCCCCCCCGCCUCUAAAUGAGGGAGAGAGUUUGGUUAGCAGAAUCCUCCAGCUCGGCCCACCUGGGACCAAAUUCCUCGGGCCUGUGAUUGUGGAGAUCCCCCACUUUGCUGCCCUGCGGGGGAAAGAGAGGGAGCUGGUGAUUCUGAGGAGUGAGACUGGAGAGAGCUGGAAGGAGCAUCACUGUGAACACACCCAAGAGGAACUCAACCAAAUACUCAACGGCAUGGACGAGGAGCUCGACACGCCGGAGGAACUGGAGAAGAAGCGCCUUUGCCGAAUCAUCACUAGAGAUUUCCCACAAUACUUUGCAGUGGUUUCACGUAUAAAGCAAGAUAGCAACCUGAUUGGUCCUGAAGGAGGCGUCCUCAGCAGCACUGUUGUGCCACAAGUACAGGCAGUGUUUCCUGAGGGAGCCCUCACCAAGAGGAUCAGGGUUGGACUGCAGGCCCAGCCAGUCAAUGUGGAUGUAGUGAAGAAGAUCCUGGGAAACAAAGCCACCUUCAGCCCCAUCGUCACCCUGGAGCCUCGCAGGAGAAAGUUCCAUAAACCCAUCACCAUGACCAUCCCUGUUCCCAAGAACAACUCUGACAUGGUUCUCAAUGGCUUUGGAGGGGACACCCCCACCUUACGGCUGCUCUGUAGUAUCACAGGUGGAACGACGCCUGCUCAAUGGGAGGACAUAACAGGAACUACUCCGCUAACAUUCAUCAAUGACUGCGUCUCCUUCACCACCAAUGUGUCUGCAAGAUUCUGGCUGAUAGACUGUCGGCAAGUGCAGGAAUCUGUUAAUUUCUCCACUCAGGUGUACCGAGAGAUCAUUUGUGUACCGUACAUGGCCAAGUUUGUCAUCUUUGCAAAGACGCAUGAUCCCAUUGAAGCCCGACUGCGGUGCUUCUGCAUGACAGAUGACAAGAUUGACAAAACUCUGGAGCAGCAGGAGAACUUCAUCGAGGUGGCACGCAGCCGAGAUGUUGAGGUCCUGGAAGGCAAACCUAUCUAUGCAGACUGCUUUGGAAACCUUGUUCCACUCACCAAAAGUGGCCAGCACCAUCUCUUUAGCUUCUAUGCCUUUAAGGAGAACAGACUAGCACUCUUUAUCAAAAUCAGAGACAACACUCAGGAGCCCUGUGGACGUCUGUCCUUUAUGAAAGAACCCAGGAACUACCGGGCACUCACCCAAAAUGCCAUAUGCCACCUCAACAUCACCCUUCCAUCGUACUGCAAGGAUUCCGAUUCAGAUCAAGAGCAAGAGGAAGAGACCAGCAGAACGCUUGAGAAAUAUGAAGAGACGCCAACAUCAGCCCUGAAAUCAGAGCUGAUUCGAGAACCCGACCUUCUAUCCGACGUGUCAGAGAUGAAACAAGAUUUGAUCAAAAUGACUGCCAUCUUGACUGCAGACACCACAGAGAAAUCCCCUUCCUUAGGAAGGUGUGGUGUAGAGAAAGGGACUGAGGAUGUUUCUGGAGAGCCAUUAGAAAUAAUGGAGAAGGACUUAGAGAAAGUCAAAGAGGACCUAGAGAAAGUCAGUGAGAUACUCAGGAGUGGAACCUAUAAGGGUGAGGCAGCUGAAGAGACAGCAAAAGCAGCUAGAAUGGCAGAGGAGUGGGUUCUCCUAUCAGAGAGUGAGAUAAAGGAGGCCAUAAAGAUGGCAGCCUUGGAAACUCAAGAGCCUAUCUUACGUGAAAGUAGAGCCAACCGAGGGGCUCCCAGACCAAAAGCAAUAAAGGACAGUGGUGACCUGAAAGAAUACCUCCUGGAUGGAUCAGUGGGCUCCAAAAUAAAAGUCAAAAAAGAGCCAGCUGUCCAAGAAAGAUCCACUGAAGUUGUCUCAAGCAAAAGUGCAAAACCAACUACUCCAACCAAAGGGCAGGACAAAACAGCUGCUGGUGAUGUUAAGAAGCCAGUCAGGAGGAAGGGCAAAGAUCAGGGGCAGGCAGAGGAAUCCACAGAGGCAGGUGCUCUUCUAAGUGUGCCAACAGCUCCUGCCCCGGCAUCACCUGUCUCUCCAGUGAUUGAAGAAACACCCAUUGGGUCAAUAAAGGAUAAGGUCAAAGCCUUACAACAGAAAGUAGAAGCAGAGCAAAAGAGUAAAAAGGUCACUGCGAGCAAGUCUUCACAAUUGCCUGUCGCGCGCAAGCCUUCUCCAAAAGCCAAAGAAAGCCCUAAAUUGAAACAGGGCCCCCCUAAAUCCCCCAAAACGGAGUCUGAAAAACUUGAGGAGACAAUGUCAGUCAAAGAGCUGAUGCAAGCAUUCCAAACAGGGCAGGACCCCUCAAAGAGAAAGUCUGGGCUAUUUGAGCUCAAAACAUCCACAAUGUCAAGAUCAGAGGAAUCCACCAAAUCAGAUACCAUCCAGUCAAAAUCCAUGACCAAAGCAAUAAGUUCAUGUGUCUCUCAAGAACGAGAAUUAUCUUUGGAUUCCAAACCUCGCAAGAAACAGACCCCUCAGCAAGACAAAGAGAUGGAACCUAAGUCAGUUCAUUCAGAUCUAACUGAAACUACAGACUUUGGAAAUGGUGGCCUUGACGAUAGCUCUGACAGCUCAAAACAUGAGGCUGUGGCAGACUCCCUAAGUGCCAGUUCUGGAGAUGGAACCCCUCAUCUGAGCUCUGAGGACAGUUUGAAACAUGAGGGUCUUGCCACUCCAGACACUAGCCCAGAUAGUCUUUCUCCCAAAAGUGGACAGCAGACCUCCACAUCUUCAGCAGUAACUGCUACGACAUUCAAGUCAGAAAGCAAAGACACAGAGAAGCCUGGCGACUCUGGUGUAGAGACCACUGGUGACCAUCUGUCUACAGAAUUGACUCUCCCUGUUGCUUCCAAAGACGCUGCAGAUGAUCACGCUAAAAGUGAGUCCUUUUCUGUUAAAAGCAGCGAUUCUAAGCCACCUAAACCUCAAAAACGUACAAAGAGAAUUUCAGAGACUGUAGAAACGUUUCUUAGUGAUGACGAGAGCCCUGAUCAUCAGCUAACAUUACCUUUAGUUGGUUAUCCAGCCUCUAGAUCCUCUUCACAGCGUCAUGACAGCUUAGAGUUGCCUUUAAAACAAGACUCAGAUGCUCUUAGUCCAUUUGCCGAUGACUCCUUAACAAUAAGCCACAGAGACUCUCUAGAUGAUAGUCCUCUCAUGGAAGAAAACUCCUCCCAUAAGUCCCCAGAUUCUAUUGAACCUAGCCCGACCAAGGAGUCACCCCCUCAUGACUCUUUAGAGAGUAGCCCUGUAGAGCGAAAAAGCCACCCAUCUUUCCCAUCAUCUCUAGGUCCGCCUAGUAACUCUUCUAGACAUCUAGAUCCCUCCAAAGCUACAGAAUUCCCCCAAGAUGCUUUGCGUGGUAGGCUGCUUCGAGACCAAGAGGCUAGUGCUGACGAUGAAUGUUGUGAGCAGACAUCUCAGAGGACAAGUUCCGGUAAGAGUCCCCUCUCCCCUGAUACUCCUAGUUCUGAAGAGGUAAGUUAUGAGGUAAACCCCAAACCCCCUGAACAUACAUCCCUCUCUGUUCCAUCCAAAUCUGCUGUCAUCCCUGAAGACCCAGAAGAAGAGGAUACAUCAGAAAGCUAUGAACCUAUGAGAAAAAUCACCCCAGAGGAUGAGAUGUUUAAGAUGGCAGCCAAAAUAAAAACAUUUGAUGAAAUGGAACAGGACGCAAGGAGCAAAAUGAACUCUAGAAAAGAUUUGGUUUCCUCAGCAUGUGCCAAAACAGGGGAUGACAGCUAUGAAACAAUAGAGCACACAAGUGAGAAGCUUUCGCAAAGUGAAUGUGGGUUUGGAAAACCCGCAGAAGAUUCAAAGAUAGCUAUUUUUGCUGAUCCCCAUAUUAAAGUACAACCUCCCUCUCCUUUCUCAGCAGGUUUGCAUGAUGGAUCCCACAACAAAGAGGUCAUGAAAACAAGAACAACAGCCACUGUCAUUUCAGAGGGACCUCCCUCUGUCUCAGACCAGCUUCAUUCAGAAAUACAACUGGACACUGCACAGGAACACAUGGCUUCACCAUCUGCAAAAGCUGAUACAGACAGUAUUUCCAAAAAGGCCUCUGCCACACCACAUGUUGAAAACAGGACUGAUGAGCAAAAGGAAGAGUGCUUAAGGAAGUCAAAAGACAACAGCGAAGAUGAUACGCUUGGUCAAGAGUUAGGGGUUUCUAAGCCACAGACUGGUACGCUAAAACAUGUCAAAAAUGUAACAGAUGAAGUGAAAGGAGAUCAAAAAGAGCAGCCAGGAGUGCCAGAGGCUGGUGCCUCCGGUGAAGCUAAGGACAUGUUUAUACAGGAGGUCUGUGUAUAUGAUGACACAGAGGAUGAUGAAACACUAGAACCUCCCAGAACUGAGUCAAAAGGAGUCACUGCAAGGGUAGAAACGGACUCAUGGUCUGCCAUGCGGGAGGAUGAUGAUACCUUUGCAGCUCGCGUCAAGGAGGAGGAACAGAAAAUACUGAAUCUGGUAGUGGACCGUCAGUCUCUGCAAGCAACUCCAGACACAACACCUGGUAGGACACCAACAGAAGAGAGCACUCCUACCAGUGAGCCAAACCCUUUUCUUUUUCAAGAAGGGAAGCUUUUUGAAAUGACCCGAAGUGGCGCUAUUGACAUGACAAAGAGGAGCUAUGAGGAAGAAGGAGGUGGUUUUGCCUUUUUCCAGAUAGGUGAUCAGCCUUUAGAUGAGCCUCUCGUAGAAGAGGCCAGGCAGGACAGUAUGAGAUCAGCAGCAGAAGAUGAAGUUGGCCUCAAUCUAACACUAGAGGUUAAGAGUGAAGAGACUAAGACAUCAAAAGAGGAAAGUGAUUCUCAGCUUCAGUCCCCACCUGAGGCUGAUCAGCCAGCCUCUAAAGCCGAUCCCACCACAUCUCAAAUCCCUGAAACGAGCCUUUCUGCUUCAUCCAAAACUGCAAAGAAAGAUCAGACAUCACCUGAAGGUCUAGAGACUAAAACAGACACAAAUGUGAAUGAAGGAUACUUAGAUUUAGGAAAACAGUCCACUGACCAAAUGAUAACAACUGCAGAAACAACAGUCACUAGAUCAGUUUACUCUGAGCAGGGCCAAGAGUCUUCUGAUUCCUCUCCAGAAGAAGCACAGUCAGUGAUAGAAGCACCCACACCAACAGACAAAACCAAACAAGUUGCUUCCAGUGGUGUUAAAAAGAUUCCAGUCAAAACACCAUCUAAGUCUACUUCUCAAGGUCGGGGUAAAUCCACAACUCCCUCUCCACCUCAAGCAACCUCCUCUUCAACCACUCUUAAUAAAGAGGCCUCCUUCAUUUCUGAACCUAAAUCUAGAAUUCCCAUUAAGUCUAGCCCUCCCAAGCCUGAUUCUCCUGCCAAGACUGCUCUAUCUACCCACAACAAAAAGCUUAAGGUCCCUGUGAAAAAGGAUUCAAGGAGAAAAUCUGAGACAGAUGCAGGUCCCUCUUUGGAUAUCAAAACCAAGACACCAUCUUUCAAAGCCAAGAGCUUCUGUGAGGCGGAGUCUACCACACCAUCUGCCAAGAAAGAACAAGGUCGCCCAUUGAGUGCUGAUUUAGCUAAAUCUAAAGGUUUCCAGUCCAGAUUGCCAGUCCGAGGCAAAAGGGGUCAAUCAACUCAUUCAUCAACACCCAUGAAAGAGAAAAGUGAGCAACAAAAACAGUCCAUUGAUUUCUCUGAGGAGAUAAGCGAUGAGGCAGCCAAACUGGUGGCAAGGUUGGCACAGGCAGAGACAGAGAAAGAACAAGAGGCUGCAGCUGCCAACUCAGAUGAUGAGAGCAGUCUCAUUGAUCCAUCACUCAUAGAGAGAGAUACUUUCCCUGAGAUGCAGUUCCCUCCCUCAGGAGACGUCUUUCCCAUUAGACCACUGUGGGAUGACCCUGCUGAGACACAGAUGCAGCGAAUCCCAGAUGAUAAAGUCCAAAGUCAAGUAGAUCCACAGGAUGAAGAAGAGAGAAAAGAGCAACGGUUGGCCAUUAUAGCCGACCACCUGGGCUUCAGCUGGACUGAAUUGGCUCGGGAACUGGACUUCAGUGAGGAGAGGAUCAACCUGAUAAGAGUUGAAAACCCUAACUCACUGCAAGAUCAAAGCCAUGCCCUUUUGAACCUCUGGGCAGAAAGAGAAGGACAACAUUCCACAGAAACAGCACUGAUCAAAAGAUUGACUAAGAUCAAUCGAAUGGACAUUGUUCACCUCAUCGAAACCAAGAUACUCAAGUCCACUGAGGACGACACAUCAUCACAUACCUAUGCAGAAAUAGAGCGGACCAUAGCAUUGGAUCAUAGUGAAGGUUUCUCUGCCCUUCAUGAGGACAUUGACAGCCCCAGGCCCGGCAGGCGUACAGAGGCUUCACGUAGGAGUCCAGGCUCGGGACAAGAGGUACCCAUGGUGACAGCAGAGGACCUGUCCUCCAGUUUGUCAUCACUACACGAAAAAAAGGCCCAUAAAGAAAAACUACAAAAAGAGAUGGAGACAUCAUACUCAUCACAAAGAGUAUAUGAAGAAUUGACAGAUACCGUACACACAGGCAGUUUGAAACAAGCGGAUAACCUCCCAGAUAUCCCAGCACAGACCGUCACAGAGGAGAAGUACACAGAUGAGCAUGGCAACAUGGUGGUUAAAAAAAUCACUCGGAAGGUUAUUCGUAAAUACGUGUCAGCGGAUGGCAUGGAGACACAGGAAGUGACCAUCGAGGGCUCUCACCAGGAGACGGUGCACAUCGAGGAGGGAGACACUGUGUCCAGAGUGGUGAAGAGGACUGUGUUACACAGUGGGGGGGAUCAGAGAGAGUUGACCUUCUCAGAGCCCCUGGCCAUGGGCGCUGCCACAUCAUCAGAGUUUGAGGUGGAGCCGGUGAAAGGUCGAAAGGUCAGCAAGGUUGUCAAGACGACGGUGGUGAGAGGCGAGAGGAUGGAGAAGCAGACGGGAGACUCCUCGUUGGCUGCUGAUCUCCCCUCAGCCAGAAAGGACUUUGAGAAGGCGUUGAGUUAUGCUGGAGGCUUUGGGAUAGGUCUCCUGCCUCAUGUAGUAGAGAGAGAGAUUGUGCAGGACGACGGUUCUGUGGUCAAAAGAAGCGAGAUGCGUAGGUCUCGAACCCAGAAGAGGACUGUGGUGAGGGACUCCCAGGGAAAGCACGUGCACCUCGAGCGCCACGACGACCCCCCCCGACGCCCUGCAGCCCGACGCCCUGCAGCUGCACCUGCACCGCCUGCUGCAACACUACUGUGAGGAGGGGGAGGAGGAGGAGGAGGAGGAGGAGGAGGAGGAGGAGGAAUGGUUUGAAUAGCAGCUGCUGAUCUUCCUCUGUGGCUCCGCCUCCUCAGAUCCAGAGGUUCUGUCCCUUCUCGUUGUCCUCGCCGAUCACUGGAUUAUAGCUUUCCUUCUUCUUUGUGUUGAACAAUGGAACAGUAUUUAGUGAUUCAACACUCGUCCUUCCUUCACAUUGUGUUUCCUUUGUGACCAAAGAUGGCACCCUUCAUUUCUGUCAGACUUGAGUUUUCCCUCUCGGGCUGCGGGGGUGUGUUCCGGUACGACCCGCCACCGGUGGAUCAAACUCAGAGAGGGGCAUCUCGGACGUUUUGGCCUCACGCACAGCCCUCUUCUUGAAGAACUCUUGUAAACAUAUGUACAUAGAGGAGGAAAUCAUGCUUGAACUUAGGGGGGUGGGGAGAGAAGACAUCUCAAAGCAUUUAAUACAUUAGCCCACCCUGCUGUACAUGCACCGACUCAGCGGGAGAAUGGCCACCGGACAGAUGACAUUAAUGUUAAAGAGAAUACAUUGUGGUGUGAGUGUGUGUCACCCUGCUGAUCUGUUUACUAAGGCUGUGUGAUCACACCUUUUGUCUUCCCAUCAUGCAUCUCUUUUGUUUAACGUGUCAGUCUUUCUAUACUGUGUUGUGCAUUUGCAUUUGAUCUGUCACAGAGCUGCCACUUCUGUGUGUAAAUACAGUUUGUGUAUUGAGAGAAAGUAGAGAUGGAGCAACCCCCCCCCCCCCCCCCAUAUAUGUGUCACCUCCACCUUCACAUGCUGCUCCUCAUCCCCUCACACUGAUCAUAUAAGGCUGGAUCAUGUUUCUUCUUGUCAACAACUCUCAUGAGCAGAGCCACCAACAACAACCUCCCCUCCUCACAGGAAGUGUUAGUAUCAAACCCCAUCCUCCUCUGUGCUGGAGAGUUCCAUUUUGGUCAAAAGUAGGUUAAAGUAUGACUUUAAGCACUUCUCUGCCAGUAAAAGUGAUGUAAUAGUUUCAUUUUGAGAGGACUCAUAACGCUUCAAAAUGCCCAAAGUUUUCUUUGCUUCCUGAUUUUCUCAGUAAGUACAAGAUGAGAGGAGCUGGACUGACCACUGUCAUGUAUGUUAAGGCUGCGUAUCCUCUCCUGAGUCCAGAGGAACUACAGCAGAUCAGCUGUUUGAGGAAUUUACAGAGUCUAUUUAAUAAUGAAAGUAUAUAUCUGUGAGACAUUUUUUAAAUAUUUACAUCUUCACUGUGUUUGGGGCCAAGAGACAGAGACAGGGUCAGAGACAGAGACAGGGUCAGAGACAGAGACAGAGACAGAGACAGAGACAGAGCCAGAGCCAGAGACAGAGACAGAGACAGA